AUCACCCUGUAUGUAGAAAAUCGAUGAAAUUUACCUGAGCAGGUAAGUGUUCAAAAGACAGCUUGAAAUUUAAGACAUCGGAUAUCAGCUACCAAACAUCCUGAAUUCCGUUUUCUUUCCUAGUGAAAUGUCAAUUGAGAGCUACAGUGAAUAAUUACCUUAGUGUUGAGGACUUCGACGAGUACAUCAAUGGCCUGUCUCUGCGUGAAGGAGAGCUGCUGCUUGAACACAGCUAUGUUGCCGGGCACCGACUUCUUCAGAGCAGAACAGCAGAGCAGGCAGCUCUAUUCUAGUGAGCUCCACAUGAAGAUCUCAGCAUGCCCUAUGAUGAGCUGGACUCCCCUGCAGCCGAAAAAGAACAGCAGAACAGGCUGGACCUCAUCCACCCUCAAAUACAUGUGGAACUGGAACAACUGAACUGUGCAACAGACUCCAUCAACAAAUUGGAGUUAGAAUUAGAUGAUGCCAGGGCUCAGUUCAGAUCUCUUUUGAUUGAGUCCACACAAAAGAUUGAUGCUCUUGCAAAAAAGCUUGGAUCCUGUGUGGAUAAGUCCAGACCAUAUUAUGAGGCCAGGAUUAAGGCUAAAGAGGCGCUGCAGCGGACCCAGGACGCUGCCGUGUUGUACGAGCGCGCCACCUCGCACCACCAGGCGGCCAAAGAGCUGGUGGCGCUCGCGGAGGAGGGACUUACCAGCCAGGGACACGCGUUCGACCAGUCCUGGCAGGAGAUGCUCAACCACUCCACGGAGAAGGUGAACCGUGCCGAGUACGAUCGAACAGAGAGUGCCAAAAACCACGAGCUCUGCUCCCGGGAGUAUCAGCGCAUUGACGGCCGCGUCAAGCAGCUUCAGAAGGAGCUUAAACGGGAGAUUGCCCGCUCACGCAUGGGCGUGCGGCGCAGCCUGCUUUCCAUCAACACAGUUGUCAACGCGUUCAACCUGCAGAUGCUGCCGUACUUUGAGAUGAAGGCGCACUUCAACCAGCUGAUGGAGAUGCAGAAGCGUCAGGUCAGCGAGCUGGAGUCAGAGGUGCAGGCGUCCAAGCUGACCUACUCGCAGACGCUGCGGAGACUGGAGGAGAUCAGCAACCAGAUUCACCAGGCUCGCGGCACGGAGGAGGCUGCCGCGGCUCUCCGCGCGGCCACCGGGGCUGCAGACGGCGCCCGCAGUCCCCCGGCUCUGGAGAACGGGGCGAUCGGGCGACUGGGGCCGGCCGGCCGGUCCGGCAUGUCCACCUCCUCCACCCUGCCGUCUCUGCUUGGGGAGGACCCCCUCGGUCUGGAUGACGAGUUCUACCCGCCUCCGUACCGUCUCAGCGGCUCCCGGUCACACCUUCAGCUGUACCGUAACGGCGACUCGGGACGGGAGCAGCGGCUGUCGGUGCCCCGGGAUGACGACCGGUCAGACACUGAGAGCCUGGCCAGUGUGUCCACGGUAUCCAGCGUGGAUCCACUUAGUGACCAGCAGAUCGGAUACAUCGCCCUCGACGACGAACUGCAAGAAGUAGCCGCCGGCGCCACCUGCGUGGUCAACCACAACUUCUCACUCUCGCCACUAGAUGGCCCUGGCCACGACAAUAUCGACCAGGCCGUGGCGCGGCUUUCGGCCGCGAGUUUAGGCGAGACUGAUAGAACAGCCGAGGGGAGACCGGUAGGUGCGAUGGUUAAUGGGGAAGGAGAGCUUCGGGGAGGGACGUCGGCGGUGGGGGCGAGUGGGGGUCAACAUGGCCCCCACCUCACCAAUGGGAGCCUGGAUGUGUCAGACGGGGCAGCGGCGGCGGAGGGAGCCGAGCUCCGAACACCCGUGGCGGAGACGCCGCCGGCCGCCCCCGGCCUGCAAUAGGCGCAUCUGGUCAUGAUAGUAAUUGCUUCGGUGGGCUAGUCUCAAUGUGUUUGUGAUGUGAAAUACGGAUGGUUUGACGCAGGCUAGUCUCAAAGGUGUGGUGUUUAUUGGUUGGACGGGUAUUGGGAGCUUGGAAAGAUGCAGCUUUGCUCGGAUAUGUGUAUGGUUUUAUGGGUUUGUUGCACCUGGUCACGAUAUUUUUGGUUGUGAUGUUAACGCAUGCAAUGAAAGGGCCAAAUCGUUUGUGCAUAUUUUCUGUCAUCCUGGUGUUCAAGUUGACAGCCAUGACACGCAAUACGUUACGCGGGCCAGUACAGCCCGUGGUGCUGUUUUUAUUCUCCCGUAGUGUGCGCUUGUGUCUGGGGAGCUGUAGGUUGGCAGAUAGCCAGUCUGGCCCGCAAUAGUUAUUGGUGGCUGACUGGUAAUCCAUGACCCCGGUCGAACUUCCAAAUGUGUGAAGGUGCGCGAUGCUGCGUACCGGCGUUUUGUGAUGAUCCUCUGUUGGGAUAGCGUAGUCUCUCCGGCGGGGUGUCUCGGCGUAGAGUCUCACCUGUCGUGAGAUUCGUGUCACAGUGACUCGCAGUCCCUCCAUGUUUAGAGAUGUGAGGUAUCCCAAGGUAUCGUGAUGAUGCAGUCUCCGGAUGUGUAGAAAUGACGGCUUUAGGAUGCUGAGCGAUAAUGCUGACUAGUCCCUGGCUAUGCAGGCAAGCUUUGCGGUGCGGUUCGGCAGCUUUGUGAUUUUCAGUCUUGACAUGAAAUGAUCUAUCGUUUUCCACGACGACAAAGGUAUUUCAGGGCUAGUUACGUCGCAUAAUUUGAUUCCCGCAGUGCUUGACAGCUUAUUGGAAAGAACUACUUAGCGUGAUCGUGAACAGUUUCCCGGUGUCAGUCACGCCAAAUGUACAGCUACCGGCUGCAGCUCUCAUGUGCUCUAGGACGCUACAUCGUUAUGACAGUCAAUCCAAUAGUUUGAAGGAUUUUUGACUGAUGUCACAGAUGCAUAAUGCAUAGCGCACUCCAGUUACAGACGGUGAAAUAUGCAGUAUAUUCUGUGUAAUCAGAAGCCAAAGAACAUCUUUCGAUAUGUUACGUUGAAUCUGAAAUAAAUAGUACCCGAUAUGUG